AUGCAACAAAAGAAUUAAAGAAAGUAUAUCUCAAUCUAAAUUUUUAGAUCAUCAAGAAGUCCUUCAAGAAAUCCUAAAACCACUAAUAAUACAUUAAUCAGUAAUACAAUUAAUAUUUCUCCAAACAAAUUUAAUAAAAAGAGAGGUACCUCAGCAACAAUUCCAACAGAAUCAUAUCGUGUUGGAUAGUAAGAUUAAGUUAAAAAGCGUAAGGUUUCUAAAAUAAACAAAUAAAUAAAUUCAAAAAAACAUAAUUUUGUAAGAAAUGAAUCAAAGUUGAAAGAGAUUCAAAGAAGAUAAGAGAUAGGAUUGGAUUUUUUAAACAAAAUUUCUAAAAAUAAAAUUUAAUUGCUUCUUCAAAGUAUAGAUUGCUAUUUACAUAUAGGAUAGAAAACUUAAGAGCUUUAAAUAUAUUAACAAAAUAUGAGAAAAAAAGCAUAGGGUUCAUAGAAAUUUGAGAUACAUGUAAAAUAGAAAUUUAAAUUACAUCAGUAAUAAAAAUAAAAUGAACAUAUAAAUAGAAAGAUGGAUACAAAAAAAUAAUUGCAAAAUUAUCGAAAUAUUUUUAAAAGUAAAACAAUUUUAAAUAAUAGAGAGUAAAUCAUAAUAAAGAUGUAAAAAGAGAAGUGUGACAUCAAUAACUUAAAAGAGAGAAUACACUAAAAGAAAUUCAAGUUAAAAGACAAAAAAUGAAAUCACAACCUAACUCACUGUUUAUGAAGGAGAUUUGUUGGAUAAAUACAAAAAAUUAUAAGCUCGGUAUUCAAAAAUACAUUAAACAUUUUUUGAUGAGAGUAGUUGCGUAUAAUAUUUAACAGAUACAGAUCCAUAAAAUUUUCCUUCUUAACCAACCUUGAAUAAUAUGUAAUAAAUUUUAACAGCAGAAUUAUCACUAAAUAGAGAUGAAAAAGUAUAAAUGAAAGAGUUUAGUAUUCUUGAAAAAGAAUUCAAUAAGAUGCAUAAUGCAGCUAUUAAAAUUUAGAAGGUUUGGAGAGGAUUUAUAACAAGAAAAUAAAUUUUGGAUAAAUAAUUUGAAUAAUAUUAUUAUAAAUAACCAGAAGUUUUUAAUGUAGAAACUUUCAGAAGUUAAUUUCGAUUUGAUAAAGAUGGUUAAUCAAUUUAAUAAGGUAGAGAGCAAACUUUAAAUUAACUUACUCAUUAGACUGAUAUUAAUAUUAUCUUAGAUUUAGAGUCUGAUAAAAGGGAAAAAUAAGAACAUAAACUUAGUCCUUAGAUUUCGGAUAAAUUUGUCAAAUAUUAAAAAUUGAAAUGGCAAGAACUACUUGAUUAUAUAACUAAGCUAGAAAUACACAAUUAAGGAAGAUCAAUUAAUGAAGUACUUAAAGAUUUGAAAGAAUUCACUAAGUAAUGUUCUAAAGAUUGUUCACUUACCAAAUUUCAAAUUAAGAAAUUAGAGAUUCAAGUUCCUUAAUUUUCAUAAGAAUCUAUGGUUAUGAGUGAAAUUAGAUAAGCAAUGUGUUCUGAAAAAUUAAUUAAACAAAUACUUACUCCUUCUAUAAAAUUAGAGAAUGAAUCCAUUUUUGAAGAAUAACCAUUUCAUUAAUUUGCCUAAAAAAAAGUUGAUGAAAUUUUGAAUAAAUCAUAAAUGAAUGAAUUAGUGAAAAUGAGAGAGUAAAUCUUGUAGGAAUAAUAGGAAUUGCAACAUAGAAUUUUGACUAAAUAAUUUUAAUAGAAAUAGGUAUCUCCUAGAACUUUUGAGGAAAAAUAUUAAACUUUAGAAAAAUGGGUUAAUAAAUAAUAUGAAGAGAUUGAAAAUAAUAAAAUUAGUUUCGAAAAAGGAUGGCAAGGUUUAUACGAAACUUUUAUAUAUACUGAGAAAGAGUUAAAGUUUUUAUAACAAUAACAAAUUUUGUAACUUUCUUAACUUUCUAAUUCUCAACAAUUUAUAAAUUAUUCAAUUUCAGCCUUUUCAGAUUCUGCUUACAAAAAAUCUCUUUAAGAAAUAUCAAAUUAUAAUGAAACUCUUCUUAUUAAUAAUUAAAAUGAUGAAUUUGAGAACAAUCGUUUAUAAACUCAUAAUUCGACAUCCUAAACUCCUGAUGAAAAAGCUAAGUUUUAAAAUUUUGAGAUUAAUAAGGAAACUAUAGAAUGGGAUGAUGAAUAAAUGUUGUCAAGUCAAUAAUUUAUAUAAAAUCAUUACAUUAAAGAUUCUAAUAUAAAUUAUGUAACUAGGAAAAUUCUUUAAAAAGGGUUAAAAUAAGUUGAAAUAGAUUAUCUGCAUUAGGAAGUAUGAAUAAUCAAUAAUAAAAGAUUUAAAAUGAAGAACUAAGUUGGCUAAAUUAUGAUGAAUUUAAAUUUUAUAUACUUAUGGAGAUAUCAAAUUUAGUUUUAAAUGAAUUGUUAGAAGAAUUUUAAUAGGAAUGUAUAUAAAAAUUAUUUUGA